AUGGAGGUUUUGAACGAAAAUUUUCCGAAUCUUGCUUCCUUAGACACCUCCUUUUGCAACCAGGAAAAAUGCGAUGAUAUUAAAUCAUUCGUCACAAAGGGCAUUGCUUACAGAAGAGCCCGACUGGUUUGCAUUUCCGGCUCGGUAUUUGCAAUAUUAUUUGCCCUCCUAGAAACUUGUUUCAUGUUUGCUAGCUUGGCAUUGCGUGUAAAAUGCUUUGACAUUGCUGGAUUUCUGGGAAAAGUCUCCCUGCUUUUUCUAAUCGCGGUGAUAUUAGAGUGGCUGCGCUGCUGCAUUUGGCGUGAUGUCACCCCUAACGCCAGUAACUACAAUCUACAAAUACAAGAAGCACCAAAUGUAAUGCACUCAACUACACUUGGUCAGCUGGAUGAGGGAGAUUCCAACGCACUAGGAUUGCAAUCCAGCAUUAACCCUUUAAGUGAUCUCCGUGUAGGCAUGACACUGGGUGAACUGACACAGACACACAAUUUUGCGUCCAGCACGGGGCCCCUAAGAAGGUUUUCCUUGGAUGGCAAACAAGUUGCAGUCUCUUGUAUCCUCUUUAUUAUUUACUUUAUUCUCUUGGGCUUCCUUCUUGAUGGCGCUCUCUGGAUUCCCUCAGAAUAUAACCGCUCAGUCAGUCCGGAUCAGACCGAUCACAACAAAACUUUUAAUGGAACAACUCCUGUGACUGACUGUCCCGCCUCUGGGUUCCGUACGGGCCUGUGUUUCCUGGUGAUCCAUGGUUUGUUACUUGGUGUUAGGAUAACAUUCUGCUGUGUGAGUGACUUCGGUGGAGCUGUUCGCUUCUUUAUCUCUCGAUUUCGUAAACCGUCUCCCCAACCUCCAUCUGCACUGGUAGUUGAACAACACCUUUCUAUGUUCCCGGACAAAAUGGACCAAGUUGACGCAGGAGAAACCGAAAAUAAAUAA